AUGUAUUACAAAACUUUUGCAUUUAUAAUAUUUGCCAUACAAUUAUCAGGAUCAUAUGCCAACAGAAAAUGUGAUCCAUUAUUAUUGACACCAUAUAUUGAAACGAGCCGUUUAGUUGAGGCCAAGCAAUUAAGUGCCGUAACGGGACUCUCAAAAACAUUGAAUAUAACCAGUUAUUCCGGAUUCUUGACUGUUAAUCAACAAUUCAAUAGUAAUCUAUUCUUUUGGUUCUUUCCAGCCUUGAAUAACGCAUCGACAGCACCAGUAUUACUAUGGCUUCAGGGAGGACCUGGUUCAUCAUCAAUGUUAGCGCUAUUUACAGAGAAUGGCCCAUUCACCGUGGACAAUAAUCUUAAUUUAGUGCCUAAUAAAUAUUCAUGGGCACAAAAUUACUCUGUAUUAUACAUUGAUAAUCCGGUGGGAACUGGAUUUAGUUUCACACAAAAUAGUGAAGGCUUUGCGGCCAAUGAAACAGAUGUGGCCCUAGAUUUGUACAAUGGUUUGCAACAAUUCUUUACACUAUUCUCCGAGUAUAGGAAUAAUGAAUUCUAUGUGACCGGGGAAUCAUAUGCGGGAAAGUAUGUGCCCGCUAUUGGCUAUAAAUUGCAUCAAAUGGCCGACACUUCUAAUAUCAACUUCAAGGGUAUAUCCAUUGGGAACGGUUGGAUCGACCCCUUGAAUAUGUUGGACAUCGGCUCAUAUUUGUAUCAAAUCGGACUAAUUGAUAAAAACCAAUUAAACCAUUUCAUUGAAGUGCAAAACAAAACUGCUGUAGAUAUUAAACAAAACAAAUACCGGGAAGCCUUUGAACUUCAGGACCAGUUAAUAGGUGGAGAUUUAACAAACGGUUCAACAUAUUUCACAAAUGUAACUGGAUUCACCUAUUAUCUCAAUAUAUUAAACAGUAGAGAACCCAAAGGUUUAGAUAAUUUUGUAAAAUUUCUGAAUCUAAACACAACUCAAGAGGCCAUACAUGUCGGGUGUGCCACAUAUGUGGCCACUAAUGCGACCGUUGGAGUCUAUCUUAUUAAAGAUGAGUUUUAUUCGGUUAAGCCGUGGUUUACAACACUUAUCAAUAAUUACAAAGUAUUAAUAUACAGUGGACAGUUAGAUAUUAUAGUGGCCGCUACGCUUACGGAAAAUUUUCUCGAAAAUUUGGAGUGGAAACAUUCAAAAGAGUUUUCUUCCGCCAAACGAAUCGUCUGGAAAGUAGACAAAGAGGACAAUGAAGUGACCGGUUAUGCGAAAAAAGUGGACAAUUUUACACAUGUUAUCAUUAGAAAUGCCGGACAUAUGGUGCCCACCGAUCAGCCCAGGGCUGCCUUGGAUAUGAUGAACAGGUUUAUUAUGAAUCAACCCUUUGGCCAUUGA